AUGCAGCUGUUUUUGUUUAUAAGCGAUAGGUCGCAGCCAACAGCAGCUGCUGCUGCUGCAGCACCUGCAGCAACAGCAGCAGCAACAGUAGCACCGCCACCUGCUCAUAGUGCUGCAGAAGCGCCAAUUGCAGCACCAGCAGCAGCAGAUCCAGCAACAGCAACAGAAGCAACAGCAGCAGCAGCAGCAGCAGCAGACAGCAGCAUUUCUCCGUUUGCUGCUGCACCUAAUGUUAAAACAAAAAAAAGUAAAAUUAAAAUCAGAAAGCCAGCAGCAAAAGAAGUGCAUGCAUCAGCAGCAGCAACAACAGCAGCAGCAGCAGCAGAACCACCGCCAAUCCCAGCAGAAACCGGAGCAACAGCAGCAGCAGCAGCAGCAACAGCAGCAGCAGCAAGUACACGUAUAUCGAGGAAGCGGCGGCAGCAAAAGGAAGAGACGGGGGCCCCCAAGGGUUUGCCUCUCUGUCUUCAAUCUGCUGCUGCGCUGCACUUCUUGCGGCAGUGUCUUCCUCCUGCUGCAGCAGCAAAGCAGCAGCAGCAGCAGCAGCAGCAGCAGCAAGAGCAGCAACAGGAGCAGCAGCAGCAGCAGCAGCAGCAAAUACUUCAGCAGUCUCUCACAGAUGUUCAUACAUCGCUGGCUGCCUGGCAUUUAACAUAUGAAGCCCUUCAGUGCUGCAGCAGCAGCUGCAGCAGCAACAGCAGCAACAGCAACAGCAGCAGCAGCAACAGCAGCAGCAGCAGCAACAGCAGCAGCAGCAACAGCAGCAGCAGCAGCAGCAGCAGCAGGAGCGCUUUCUCCAGAGAGAGCGGAGAGUUUGGUUGUCUUUUGGCUGUAGGCGUAUCCUCAGCUGUGGCGGCCCGAGCUGCUGCUGCUGCUGCCGUUUACUUACAGCAGCAGCAACAGCAGCAGCAGCAGCAACAGCAGCAACAGCAACAGCAGCGGCAGCAGCAGCAGCAGCAGCGUUUAUCUGCUGCUGCAAGUGCUGCUGCACCCACAUCUUCAGAGGGGAUUGAAAAGGGCCCGAACGGCUGCUCUGGCCGCACUGCAGCAGCAGCAGCAGCAGCAGCAGCAGCAACAGCAGCAGCAGCAGCAGCAGCAGGCGAUGCAGCAAGCAGCAUAUUUCCUCCUGUUUGGGUGGUUUGUGAGGAUGAGAUGCAGGCGGCGUUUGUUGCUGCUGCGCUGCAGCAGCUCCUUGACCCCUGCACCAGCCCCCAGCGGCAGAAACAGCAGCAGCAGCAGCAGCAGCAGCAGCAGAAGCAGCAGCAGCAGCAGCAGCAGCAGAGAGGAGCUGGAUCUGUCUGCUGCGUUGUUAAAUAUUCUUCUUCUGUCCGGGAUCGAAGACAUCUCGGGGUUAUAAUGAAAAAGAAAGCAGUUGCUGUUUUCUCUGCUGCAGCUUUUGCUGCUGUUGCAGCAGCAGCAAUGCAAGAGCAGCAGCAGCAGCAGCAGCAGCAGCAGCAACAGCAGCUACUGGAUGCAAAUGCUGCAACGGAUAUGGCUGCAGUGGAUCCGCAGCAGGAGGGGCCCUCAGAUGCAGCAGGGGAGAACAGCCGUGAGCAGCAGCAGCAGCAAAAACAGCAGCAACAGCAGCAGCAGAAGCAGCAGCAGCAGCAACAGCUGCAGCAGCAGCAGCUACUAAUGGUGAGGGAUUGCACCCUGCUGCUGCUUCUUGAGGCCCCCAAACUGCUGCAAGACAAAUCCCUGGCUGAGGCCUUCGCCUUCUUUCGCAGCAGCAGCAGCAGCAGCAGCAGUUGCAGCAGCAGCAGCAGCAGCAGCAGUUGCAGCAGCGGCAGCAGCAGCAGCAGCGACAGCAGCAGCAGUUGCAGCAGCAACAGCAACAGCAACAGCAACAACAAUAGCAUGAGUAGCAGCAACAACACGAGCAGCAGCAGCACCAGCAGCAGCAACAGUAGCAUUAGCAGCAGCGGCAGCAACAUGAACAGCAACAGCAGCAGCAGCAGCAGCAGCAGCAGCAAGCAACGAUGCGUUGUGUGCUGCAGCAGCUUUUUGCCGUUUUCUAUUAAGGAGCUGCAGCAAUGGAGGGGGUCUACGCGAGCAGCAAAGCUGCUGCUUCCUGCUGCACCUGAGCAGAUACCGCUGGCAGCAGCAGCAGCAGCAGCAGCAGCAGAUGGUUCAGCUGCUGCUGCUGUUGCUGCUGAUGAUGAUGACGAGCUGCAGCACCUCCGUUGCAGCAGCAAGAAAGCGAAGCAGACUUUGCUGCUGCUGCUGCAGCAGCAGCUCUCUCGCUGCGUCCGCUGGGCCUCUCUGGAAGACUCGCAACUACUGAAGCAGCUGGAGCAGCAGCAGCAGCAGCAGCAGCAGCAGCAGCAGCAACAGCAGCAGCAGCAGCAGCAGCAAGCGGGUACCAUCGGUGGGUCUGGAGCGCCCACAGAAGCAGCAGCAGCUGGCGGCACUCGGCCUCCUUUUGCGGAUACUGCAGCAGCAGCAGCAGCAGCAACAGCAGCAACAGCAGCAGCAGCAGCAACAGCAGCAGCAUCAGCUA